AUGUCCAAAAUCAUAUCUUUGCCUAGAUAUGCCUGUAGUUUCAAUGGAAUCAAUAAGAAUUCUCUAGACAAAGCAGAUAUUAUGGUUGCUAAUUUUGUCAGAAAGGCUAUUGGAUUAGAUUACACAUUAUCAAAAUCAGUCAUUUUUAAUUGCAAACAAAUUGGGGGCCUUGGUAUUACUCGCCCCUCUACUUUAUUCUCCAUUGAACCUAUUUGCACAGCAGUUAGAUUAUUCAACUCCUCCUCCACCAUCACCAAAAAUAUUGCUUUGGCUGCUUGGAAUGAUCUUACCUUUAACGAACCAUUUUGGAACCACGUGAAAAAUAUCGCGGCUCAAAAUAAUUGGUCUCUCCAAUACAUUGAUGAACGGUAUUCAUUUGUCAAUGAAUACGAAACCUCUGUCGACCCUAGAACUGAAUUACUAAACAACGAUAGAUCAACCAUGAGCAUCUCAGGCCUUGGAAUCUUAGACCAUAGUAGAACCUGGCAUCCAUGUACCAUCUCCUUUUGGAGCAAUUAUUCACUCAAACCCUUCCAACAACGACUAUUAUUUGCUCACCUACACAAAGCAGAAAUCCUUAGAAAUUUCGGAAAAGAUUACCCUAAUUGCCACAUUUGCAAUACCAAAGCCAACUGGGAACAUGUAUUCACCUCAUGCACCAUGUGUGGUCCGGAAAUCAAAUCAUUAUACACAAAAUGGGACAACAGUUCCCUCAAAUUCAAUGCCCCUCUUAUCAGACUUCCCUCAAACCAUUCUCUCUCUUGUAUUCCAAUGGAUUGGAACGGUAGUAUCAAAGACGAACCUCUUCAACAAUUAGACUUAUCUCCCCCAGCUUUGACUGAUUGGCUAAAUGAAAUAUAUCUCUCAUUCGCUGCCUAUGUUGGCAGUUGUUACAAAAACGCCACUUGGAACAGUUCAACUGUACUCAAGAAGGCUAGAGGAUAUAUAAUUAAACCCAAAACUGCAAAAUUUGCAACUGCUUGGGAAACAUUUAGCAGUCAGCUUGGCGAACUCAACUCCAACAACAUCUACACCUCACACCUACACACCCAUUAG